UUGAGGCGGGGUCUCAUUGUAGUAGUUGGGGACUACCUCACUGAAUAACAUAAAGCAUUGCGUUUCAGCUGAUAUCUUCUUUACCUACAUGUUAACGUAUAUUAAUGUAUCAGAACGAAUGAUUGAUUACAUUUAAAUCACUGCCUCUGCCAGAGAUCGAACCCGGUACCUCUGGCGUACUAGUUUUACGCUCAACCAAUCGAACUAAAGAAAUAUCUUUAGUCGAGCGGUUUAUUGCGGCUAGAAUUAGGAAAUCAUGCGUCCUUGAGUAUUUUCUCGGGUAACAUCGAUGCUUGUGGAGCAAUCCUGGGUAUUUUCCCGGAUCCCUUCGUGGCGGUAAUAGAGCUGAUUAACGUUAAAUCAUUGACUCUGCUUGGGAUCUAACCUGGGACCUCUAGAUUACUAGUCUUAUGCUCAAGCGGUAUUUUGCGGCUAGUGUUUACCAGGGUUACAUAUGUAAUAUAGAAAUCAUAUAUAUAAUAUCAAAUCAGAUGCCUAAAAAAGCAUCACUAUUUUCAACUACGAAUUUUGACUCCUGCCGAUUUGCAAACAGAUGAACCGGCCCAUUCGAUACACAGGGACUUGACACGAAUCCCUAGCUCACGGAACAUGUAUUAUAUGGACCAUGGACUGCGAAUUUGUGCCAAGUCCCUGUGCUUUAAUAAUUAAAUUCCAAGACAGGAAACAUUUUCCUACAGUAAUGUGAAGUUUAAAGCUCCGAGUACAUAACAUUAUCAUUUCAUAACGUUCUUCGGUGGUAUUACAGAUUAUGGAUGAUACACAACUUAAAGAGAUUGCAAAGCAUUUGGUCACUGACGUCAUACAGAAAGCCGCAGAAUACGUCCGGAAAGAAAGGGACGAAAUGGCGGAAAUGAAGGUCCAGCUGGAUCAGGGCGUUGACGACAUAGUUCAACUGACCAUUGGACGGUCCAUCACGGCUAUUCGUAGUGGACAGAUAUCACCGACUGACCACAAGAUGGCAGAAAUGACGGGUCAACAGGAUAAGGAGGUGGACGAUAUAGUAGGUAAGACCAUUGAGCGGUCAAUCAUAGCCAUCCGGAGUAGUCAAACCUCGCCGACUGACCGCAAGAUGGCGGAAAUGGCGGGUCAACAGAAUGAGGAGGUGGACGAUAUAGUAGUUAAGACCAUUGAGCGGUCAAUCAUAGCCAUCCGGAGUGGUCAAACCUCGCCGACUGACCGCAAGAUGGCGGAACUUACGGGCCAACUGGAUAAGGAUGUGGACGAUAUUGUGGAGAUGACCAUCGGGCGAUCCAUUGCGGCCAUUCAUGACGGACAAAGGUCACCAACUGACCACAAGAUGAGAAAUGGCGAAAUCCAGGAAAAGACAAGCGAGCCAGAAACCGGAAAUGACACAGAAUUACAAAAGGCAGCUGAAAGAGAUCACAAAAUCGGAGCUCCUCCGGCCGGUGCUACAAUUCAGAAUAAGACUGCUGGCAAAGUGAAGAAAAACUUUUUCGAACGUCAUCUGGACAGAAUUCUCGGAAGAGAAAAGAAAAACACAAAGACAUUGGAAUCAGAACGUCAACAGAGCGCCCCCAGUGGAGGAAGUAGGAAACUUUCAUCAAAGGCCCAUAACAAAAGGAUUGGAUCCGCAAACACAUCCUGUGUUGUUUUGUCCGCCAGACGGCGACAGUAGAACCCGUCGAUCUAUAAAUAGAUAACUGAUGUGAUGACAAAGAGCUUACACAUGAUAUUUACUUGUCUGCAGUAGCAAAAACGUCAAAGAAAUCUGACAAGACAGUGAUAUUCAGAAAAAGUUAUCACGCGAACAUCAAAACAUCAUCAACUACAUGAACACUGGAAAAGCCAAUAGGAAACAUAUUGUUGAAAGAAGAUAAAAAUCAGCUGAGAUGCUUGUAGAAUGAAGAUGAUUAUGUGUCAGUUUUUCACAAAUAAUGCAUGUGGUUCUGUAACAGUUCAUUAUAAUUACUUAAUAGGAAUAUAGUUCAAAACUAAGACCAAUCCAGUCUCACUUGUGUUGUGUAUGUAGGUUGUAUGGGUGUUACGAGAUCACAUAAUUGUACAGUCUAGGGGAGAUAAUCUAACUCCAUAUGUAUAUGAGUUAUUCCCCUUUGUUGUAAUUCUUUUCGUUUGUGAGAUACAUUUUGAUUCUUUAUAAAGACUUGGAACAGAAAAGACGUUUGUUGUUUUGCCUGACGAUAUCAUAAUGUAGCGUAAAGCGAGUUCCCCAUACCUCACAACAU